CGGCUCCUAGGAGUCGGGCGGCGGUACGCAGGUCUCCUGCGAAAACUUGCCAUCGCGGACAUCCUCCAUUUCUCGGCCGAAAUCUACUUCUCUCAUACGGGCCCCGACAACCAAGAGGAUGCCGUCGACCAAGUACUGCCGCGCAGCGAGCCACAACCGAUCACCGAAGAAGAGGGGGACGGAGAACUCACCCCGAUGGAGGGCAAACACCCAGACACUGUCAACCCUGACUCUCCGACGGACUCUCCAACUGCUAAUCCUUAG